UUGGCUUCAUCUCUCUGUCUUCCUCCAACCUCAUCCUCUCCUCUUCUUCCUCUGUUCGAUUAGCUCGUCAAGCUCCCUUUAAUUUCUUGCUUUUCAGUCGAGGCCUAUAAAUAAGGCUCGGCAUGCAUGCGAUGCGAUCGUAUAUGGAGCAAGCGAGAUACUGGAUGUGGACUGCCACCGAGCUGAGCCCGGACCCGACGAGGCUUGUUCUCGGUCGCCGACUGCCGUCGCCGUCCUGGGAGGAGAAGGCCUUCGCGGCGGACGCCGCCGAGGCCCACUCGGGGGGCUGCGUGUGGCCGCCCAGGUCUUACUCCUGCAGCUUCUGCCGCCGAGAGUUCCGGUCAGCGCAGGCGCUCGGCGGCCACAUGAACGUGCACCGGAGAGACAGGGCGAGGCUUAGGUCGUCCAGAGCCGAAGCGCCGCCGGAAGACGAGGCCAUACGGGAACGCUUCUUGCUGAGCAGCUCUGCUGCUGCUGCUGCUACUAACCCUAACCCUAAUUCUGAACCUCCUCGAGUUCAAACUCUCGGAGAAGGAGAAUUAGGGUGCGAUUCCGAGGAAUUUGGUAGAAAGAGAUGGAGAGAGGAAGAAGAAGAUGGGAUCAUGAUUACAGACGACAACAACAAGAAGAGAAUACUGACUCAUAUACCAAAAAAUUCUAUCGAUUUCUUAGUAUCAAUUGCCUCUCGUAGUAGUGAUGGUGGCGACCUACAGAAGCAAAUUGGGGAGUAUGUGCCUGUUGAAGAGUUGGAUCUCGAGCUUAAGCUUGGAUCAGAUGCCCCAAAUCAAGUCCGUAAGUAGAAGUUGAAUAGUUUGUCAAA